CUAGCAUUAAAACAAAAAACAUAGUAGCAAAACUUUCAGAUCGAUAAUUAAUUCAAAUUAUGAUGAUAACACUCAGAUACGCAAGGCGAAGCAGAGCUUCCACCACCAGGUUUCUCCUCCCCUUCUCAACCACCGCCACCACUUCCAUCCAGCCCUACUCUUUUUAUUCGAACCCUUUUUUUCCUUCCUCCAUUAAAUCCACCACUUCACUUCAACGCGGAACGGGAUACCCGUCUGAGGUCCAAGUAAACGAUGUAGUUUCGUAUUUUAGAGAUUGGUUCAUGUCCCGGAAAAACCCGUUGCUUGAUCGAAUCUUCGAAAUCCUUCGUGCCUACGACGAAUCUGCUGCCGAUUCUGCCCUUUCCCGCUUCAAUUUGCGUCUCUCUGAAGCCUUAGUCCUCGACGUAUUAAGCUACGAGCAAAAAGACACGCUUUCUUGCUUGAAAUUCUUCGAUUGGGCUGGUCGCCAGCCCGGUUUCUACCACACUAGAGCCACUUUUAAUGCAAUUUUUCGGAUUUUAUCCAAGGCCAAGCUAAUGUCCCUAAUGCUAGACUUCCUACAAAAUUAUAUGAAACAGAGGUAUGUGCAUAAAGUUAGAUUUUACAACACUUUGGUGAUUGGAUAUGCUGUUGCGGGCAAAUCUGAGGUUGCACUGGAGCUGUUCGGUAGAAUGAGGUUCCAGGGCGUGGACUUGGACGCAUUUGCAUACCAUGUGCUGUUGAAUUCACUAGUCGAGGAGGGCUAUUUUGACGUGGUGGAAAUGGUGGCGAAGCAGAUUAGGGUCCGGGCAAUUCAGAAUGAGGUAACACAUUCGAUUAUGAUGAAGAGUUUCUGUAAGCAGAAUGAGUUGGAGAGGGCUGAAAACUACUUACGAGUUCUGGUGGGAGACAAUGGGAUGGGAUUGAGUGGGGCUGCGGUUGGUAUUUUUGUGGAUGCUUUGUGCCAGGAUAAUCAGUUUGAGAAGGCUGCAUUAUUGAUUGAGGAGUUUCAUAAAAUGAAUUUGGUUUCAAUGGAGUAUGCAUACAGCGUGUGGAUUAGGGACCUUGUUAAGGCUGGGAAGUUGGAUGGGGCAUUGGAGUUUUUGAAGGAUAAACAGUCAGUCGAGGGGUAUGUUCCUGAUGUUUUUCGUUAUAACAUGUUGAUUUGUAGGCUUUUGAUGGAGAACAGGCUUAUUGAGGUGUGCGAUUUAUUGAUGGAGAUGAAGGAGAGGGGAAUAUUGCCCGAUGAUGUCACAAUGAAUACAACAUUGUGCUUCUUAUGCAAGGGUGGAAUGAUGGAUGUUGCCAUGGAUUUGUAUGAUUCGAGGGCAGAGUUUGGCCUUUCUGUGAGUUGCAUGGCUUACAAUUAUCUUAUAAAUACUCUAGUGGGGGAUGGUACUGUUGAUGAAGCAUAUCGUGUGUUGAGGAAUUCAAUAGAACAGGGUUAUUUCCCUGGAAAAAGGACCUUCUCCAUUAUUUCUGACGCUCUUUGCAGAGAAGGAAAGCUCGAUAAGAUGAAAGAGUUGGUUCUUGUUGCAUUAGACCGGAAUAUCAUGCCCAAUGACUUGACUUAUGACAAGUUCAUAUCAGCUCUCUGUAGGGCCAAGAGAGUUGAAGAUGGUUACUUGGUACAUGGCCAGCUUAACCGAUUGAAUAAAGUUGCUUCUAGAAGUACAUAUGUUCACCUGAUCAACGGUUUUAACAAGUUGAGUAGAGGGGAUAUUGCUGCUAGAUUACUCAUAGAAAUGCAAGAAAAAGGUUAUCGCCCGAAAAGGAAAUUGUAUAGAGAUGUGAUUUGCUGUUUAUGUCAAACAGAUGAUGCAGAGAAGCAAGUUUUCAGAUUGCUAGAGAUGCAGCUGGCUCGGCUUCAGCCCAGUUCACGUAUUUACAAUUUCUUCAUUGAUGGUGCUGGGCAUGCCAGGAAGCCUGAGCUGGCUAGGCAAGUAUAUGAAAUGAUGACAAGAAGUGGUCUCGUACCGGACUUGAAUUCUGACAUACUAAUGUUGCAAAGCUACCUGAAAAGUGAAAAAAUUGCUGAUGCGCUAAAUUUCUUCCAUGAAGCAUACAAGAGGAGAGACCGUAGAAAACUGUGGCAGACCAUGAUUGUUGGUCUUUGCAAAGUUAACAAACCAGAGCAUGCAUUGCAGAUAUUUGAGAAAAUGAAAGCAAACAAGUUACCGAGUCUGGAAUCUUAUGAGGAACUAGUGAAGUUGUAUUGUGAUCAUAGGCAAUACUAUAAGGUUGUAGAACUUAUCAAUGAUAUGACUCAAAUUGGGCGUCCUAUUUCUUCCUUUAUCGGCAAUGUACUUCUGCUGAAUUCUUUGAGAACUCGGAAACUGUAUGAUGCGUGGGCUUAUUUUAGUCAUGAGCAAAAUCUAACACCUGUCAGUUGGAAAUUGGGCCAGCUGGUUGGCGUUUUUUCUGGCUGUAUUGAAGUAAACCAAGAUAUGGAGGAUGUGGAAAAACAGAUUCAGCAAUCCUUCCCUCUAGACACCUACACUUACAAUAUGCUUUUGAGAAGAUUAAGCAUGAAGGAAAUGGGCUAUGCUAGCCAGUACCUUGAUAGAUUACAUCAAAAAGGGUAUGAGCCAAAUAGAUGGACCUAUGAUAUCAUAGUGCACGGUUUUGCCAAACGUGGUCAGAUUGUAGAGGCUAGAAAGUGGAUGGAAGAGAUGUUUAGUAAAGGUUUCGAUCUUACUGAGUACACCAAAAAAGUUAUCUAGCAUAAAAAUCACUUUUUAUUCAUUCAGAAAGUUACAUAUGAUUCAUCAGACGUACAACUGCCAAAAGCUUGGAAAUGUGGGACUGGGAUGUCGAAUAAUGUGCAGGUUCAUGGAAGGAAACAAUUAUUCUUGUGAAAUGCUGAUCCACUUGAAAGCGAAUAGUUAUAUUCCACCAGGUACAUAUAGCAUUAUGCAGUCUAAAACCCACAUGGAAGAUUAGGUAUGUUCUUGUGAUGUGUUACUAUUUGUAGAAUUAAACGGUUUUCAUGUAGUCUCGAGUCUUUGGAGCUUGCUUUGUACAAUCAAUUGGACUUGAAACUCCAGAAACUGCAAGCAGGUUAAUCAACCCCUUUGCUUUCAUGGUAAUAAAUUCUAGCAGGGCGAAAGGUCCAAAUGACACACAGUUGGAACUCAAAGCCCUUUCAGGUCAUCUAAUAGGUAGGUGUAGCCAAUGGUACUUUGAUAGAUCAACCAUUUUUUUACUAGAUCACCAUCACAUCCCCGAUGUGUUUUUUAGGCUCCACAAGACAGGACGGAUGUGAAUAAGAUUUUCUUACCAUGAUAUAAAUGGAACCUAAAUAAUACAAUGGAUGGGGACAUAAACCUGACCUCCAAUCCAAUGCAUGAAAGACGAAAGCAGUAAAUGAGGUAGUAUUUACCUCCUGUACAAAUAUGAAGAAAGAAACAAUAGUCUAAAGACUGCUGAAUGUGAAAAGUCCAUAUCUGUUAAUCUGUACAUGAGUGCAACCAUUGGUCCUAACCUUCUGUAGUGAGUUAGCAACCUAGUUUCGCUCACGAUAGAUGUGGGAAAUAGUAUAACUAUCAAGGGAAAGUAGAUGGCUGAUAUGUUUAAGAGUAGCCUAAAUAGACUAUGGACCUCCACUACAGAUGAUACAAUAUACUAGAGAGGAGUCUACCUCUAUCCAUAAGUUUGAAAGUCUGAACCUCUCCAGUACUAAAAGAAGAAAGCUCCAGUCACGGUCAUAUGCUUUAGCCAUAACAAGCUUACAUUACCUUCCCGCACCUUUGCAUUAGGAGUAUGAAGGAGCUUUUGGGUCAAGGGUACAUUAUCACCAAUAAGUCUGCUUACAGUUAAUGCGCUCUGAUAUAUGGAAGUGAAGAAUUCAAUUGCGAAUUCAAAAGCGUAGUAUUUACCUGUGUUCUAAAAAGCGUGGCUAGACGUCGUGGUCAUGUUUCAAGCUUUACAAGUUUAGGGGAACCUAAUCAUGGCGUAGGUCAAAAAAGUCAUUUUUUAUUUUUAAUACUAUUUUUAAACUUCUAAUCAUUCUACUGAUUAUUUAAUAAUUAAAUAAUACGUACCUAACAUCUAAAAUUAUAA